CUAAUUCAACAUGCCCGUAGGCAUUGCAUAAGCUUCACAUAGGCCGCUGCUUUGCAUUUGAGGGCUUGGUAUUGCAGUUCUGGCCUUGAGACAACAGUUUGGGGUGCCCGCUGGGCUAGGCUGCAGCCAUGUCUGACGGCAAAUACUUUUCCACCACCAAGAGAGGUGAGAUCCACGAGCUCAAGGAGGAGCUGAGGAGCUUGGACCGACCAAAGAAGAAGGAUGCGGUCAAGAAGGUCAUCGCUGCUAUGACCGUGGGGAAGGAUGUGUCGAUGCUCUUCCCCGACGUGGUCAACUGCAUGCAAACGGACGACCUGGAGCUUAAGAAGCUGGUGUACCUGUACCUCAUUAACUAUGCCAAAACUCAGCCGGACCUGGCCAUUAUGGCUGUCAACACGUUCGUCAAGGACUCGCAAGACCCCAACCCGCUCAUCCGCGCGUUGGCGGUGCGGACCAUGGGCUGCAUCCGCGUGGACAAAAUCACCGAGUACCUGUGCGACCCGCUGCAGCGCUGCCUCAAGGACGACGACCCGUAUGUGCGCAAGACGGCGGCGGUGUGUGUGGCCAAGCUGUACGACAUCAACCCGGAGCUGGUGGAGGACCGGGGCUUCCUGGACAUGCUGAGGGAGAUGCUGAGUGACGCCAACCCCAUGGUGGUGGCCAACGCCCUGGCGGCGCUGCAGGAGAUCCAGGAGCUGGCCGGCCCCGGCAAGGACCUGUUGCAGAUGAACAGCCAGACGCUGAACAAGCUGCUGGCGGCGCUGAACGAGUGCACGGAGUGGGGGCAGGUGUUUUUCUGCAAGUACAACGACCCGCUGUACGUCAAGAUGGAGAAGCUGGAGAUCAUGAUCCGCCUGGCCUCGGACAAGAACAUCGACCAGGUACUCCUGGAGCUCAAGGAGUACGCGCAGGAGGUGGACGUGGACUUUGUGCGCAAGUCGGUCCGCGCCAUCGGCCGCUGCGCAGUGGCUCUGGACAAGGCCACGGAGCGCUGCAUCAACGUGCUGCUGGAGCUCAUCCAGACCAAGGUCAGCUACGUGGUGCAGGAGGCCAUCAUCGUCAUCAAGGACAUUUUCCGGCGCUACCCCAACCAGUACGAGUCCAUCAUCGCAACCCUGUGCGACAACCUGGACAGCCUGGAUGAGCCCGAGGCCAAGAGCAGUAUGAUCUGGAUCAUUGGCGAGUACGCGGAGCGCAUUGACAACGCCGACGAGCUGAUGGCGGCCUUCCUGGAGACCUUCCCCGAGGAGAGCAGCAUGGUCCAGCUGCAGCUGCUGACGGCCACCGUGAAGCUGUUCCUCAAGAAGCCCACCGAGGCGGCACAGAAGAUGAUCAGCGCUGUGCUGUCGUGCGCCACCAACGAGACCGACAGCCCCGACCUGCGCGACCGGGCCUUCAUCUACUGGCGACUGCUGUCAACAGACCCAGAGGCCGCCAAGGACGUGGUGCUGGCGGAGAAGCCCGUCAUCGCGGACGACAGCAGCAGCCUGGACCCCUCGCUGCUGGAGCAGCUGGUCACUCGCUACCUGGCCACGGUGGCGGCCGUGUACCACCGCCCGCCCGAGACCUUCGUCAGCAGGCAGCGCCUGGCGGUGGCGCGGGCGGAGGAGCUGGGCAGCCGCAAGUUCGAGGAGGAGGACGGCGCGGUGGCCGGCAACCUGGUGUCCGACAACAACGCCGCCGCAGCAGCGGGCGCCGCCGCCGCCGCCUCCGCCUCGGCGGUGGGCGACCUGCUCGACCUCUCUGAGCCCUCGCCCGCACCCGCGCCGCACGCCGCGGCGGCGGCGGCGGCGGCCGCUCCGUCGGCGGCACGCGGCCUCGACGACCUGUUGGGCGGGCUAGACCUCGGCGGCAGCGGCGCGCCGCCGCCCGCCGCCAGCACCUCCGCCGCCGCCUCCUCCGACCCCUUCGCCUCCUUUGGCGGCGCGCCCUCCGGUGGCGCCGCCGCCGCCGCCGCCGCCGCCGCCGCUGCGGGCAUCUCGCCUGCCGCGCUGUCGCAGCUGCCUGUGCUGCUGAGCACCCCGGGCGGCGUGUCGGUGUGUGGGCGGCUGGUGCGGCAGGCGGGGCAGGUGGAGUACCUGCUGGCGCUGAAGAACGACACGGCUGCCCCGGUGGACGGCCUGAUGAUCCAGACCAACCGCAACAGCUUCGGACUCAGCCCCGUCAGCCAGGUGCUGGCGCUGCCCGCCCCGGGGGCGCUGCCGCCCGGCGGCGUGACGGUGCCGGUGCGGGUGCCGCUGGCGGCGGACGGCAGCAAGGUGACGCCGCCGCCGCUGGGCACCGGACUGCAGGUGGCGCUGCGGACAAACCAGGUGGGUGUGCUGUACUUCAACGACGCCGUGCCUCUGGCGGCGCUCACCGAGGAGGGCGGCACCAUGGAGGCCGCAGACUUCCUCAACGCAUGGAAGGCCCUGCCGCCCGAGGCCAGCGCCCGGCUGCCGCUGGCGGUGCCCUCCGCUGACGUGGCCAAACAGCGGCUGGCCGCAGCCAACCUGUACGUGCUGGCGCAUCGGCAGGUUCCCGCCACCGGGCAGGACGCCAUCUACGCCACCUGCCGCAUCGGCGCGGGCGGCAUCGGGCAGGUGCUGCUGGAGCUCAAGUUCGUGGCGGGCGCGGGCGGCGUGGACGUCAGCGUCAAGGCGCAGCGUCAGGACGUCAGCCAGCUCGUGUUCGACGGCCUGCCCGCGGUGCUGCUGGGGACCGCGUGAGGAGGGCGAAGAGGUGGUGGGGAGGGGUGGAGGGGUGGGGGUGGAGGGGAGAGGAGGGGCUGGGGGGGAGGUGGGGAGGAGGAGGAGGAAGGCUGGGGGGGAGGUGGGGAGGAGGAGGAGGAGGAGGGGGGGGGUUGCGAGGAGGUUUGGAAAAGCGGGACAGGAUGCACUGAAGACUUCAGACCAAGUCGUUGCCAAGAGGGGGGGAGCUGGGCGGGAAGGUGGAGAGGAGGAGGAGGAGGUGGGGGGAAGUGAGCAGCAGGGGGCAGGGCGCGUGCAGGGAAGCUGCUGUAGGGGCCUGCGCGCGGUGUGAAGGGGGACGGCAGGUCGCGUGGGGGGCUCCGAAGAAGGGGGACGGAGGCGGAGCUGGACCCGUGGAAAGGAAGGGCGAGAGCAAGCGAUAGCCGGGUGCGGUGCGGAGGGGACUCUGAGCUGCUGGCUGUGCCGAGCGGCGUUGGGCGGUUGUAUGUGGUGCAUGUGAGUCGUGUUAGAGUGGUGGUGCUGCGGCUAGUGCUGCUGCUCAAGGUGGCGGAACCUGGGAAGCGCAGGGCGCUAUGCCGCUUUAAUGCACGUGCUGGCGCGGUGGCGCCCAGCCUGUUUGAAGUGUGGUGGCCUCACGGCCUGUGACCGGAUGAUGUAAAUGACGAGCCAA